CCUAUAUUAAAAUUUGUUAUUCGAAAUCAGGUAUAGUUCGUGUGUUUGGUGGAAUUCAUGUGUUAAACCAUGAGACAUAUUGUUUUAAUUAUUCUGUAUUAUUAUUUGGGAUUAACGAGUUCAAACGAACCACUAGUGAAAUGUUUGCAUCCUGAAAAAUGUUUCGCAGUGUCCUGCAAGCAGGAAACCUGUCACGAUAACGAAGUUUUGAGAAAAUUACCCUGCAAGUGUUGUCCUGAAUGUGUGCCAAAAGAUUGCCGAAUGCAGGAAGAUUGCAAGUAUAUCAGUUGCUCAGAAAUCCCCUGCCCAGAGGGUGAAAUACCGAAGCAAAUUCCAUGUAAGUGCUGCCCCCGCUGCGUACCAGCCAAUUGUAAAACUUAUCUGGAUUGCGUCGAUGUUUCCUGUCCAAAAUUAUCCUGCAAAAUCUGGCAAGUUCCUCACACACCUCUAUGCGAAUGUUGUCCUGUUUGCGAUCCCGUCAACUGUCAGAGGAAGAAGGACUGUGACAAAAUUAUUUGUAAAACCCUUAACUGCAAACCGAACGAGGUUUCUAAGAAAGUACGGUGUAGGUGUUGUCCGAUAUGUGUGCAGGAAAGACUGUAUACUCCUGAGGAAUGUAAGAAAGUGUCGAGUUGUCCACAUGUUUCCUGCAAGGAAAAGCAAGUAUUGAAAAAACUGCCUGGGAAAUGUUGCAAAAUUUGCGUGCAUGCUGAGUGCUUAGGAGUUGAAGAGUGCGAGGAUGUGAUGUGCGUGAAACCAAAUUGUACUGGGUUAGAAACGUUGGUUGUGCCAAUGUGUCAGUGCUGUCCUAUUUGCGAAUCUAGGUUGGAUUAAAAAUUUGUUUAAUUUUUCUUUUGUUUUUCUUGGA